CUUAUUUAUUUUCCUUUCUUUCCGUUUUCUACUCUCAUUAUUGCUUUUAUUUUAUUUUUUUAAAAUUGACCCAUAAGUUUUUCAUAAUUAUCAUAAUUAUGUAAAUUCCUAACACCUGGUUUGAUCAUGUUCACGAACUUUGAUGAAAUUGUAUGCAGAACACAUGUUAUCAAUAUUACUGGAUUUAAUUACUUGUUCUACUUCCCUACUUGUGUGUUGGGCUUGAAUGAUAUCUGCUGCACACGUUCGCCCUGGUUCCAGUUUUAGAAUAGGGAUCGGUUCCCGAUAUUAUAAUUUUUUUUAAAUGUUUAUUGAAUCUAUAAGUAAGAUAAAAAUAGUAAAUAGAAACUAAGUGUCAUAGUCCUUGAUUGUGAGAUCAUUUCAUCUAGAAAUUUGAGUGUUCUUGUUACUUGUGUAGAUACUCUAAAAUAUCUGGUAUUUGGAAAAUUAUCUGUUAUUUUUCCUUGUUUUUGACUGAAGGAAUAUGGAAAUGUCGCCACUGCAACUGGACCUAUUGCAUGGGAAGUCCUUUGGUUGAUCUUAAUCAAAACAUUAAAAAAUACUUGGACACGCCAAUGAAUGUCAAAAUCCAUAAUCAACGGCGACCGUGUUUUAUUUUUGAAACUAAAGGUACUGAAACUGUCAAUGAAGUUCUUGAAAUGAAGAAUGAUAGUGUUACAAGUUCUACUUCUGAGACAAAUUCCAGAGAUGCAGAUGUCCAAGUAAAAGAUGUGGAGAAUCAGGAAAUUCUGAUUGGGGAAUUGAAUGAUCAAUGUGGGGAAAUUUUGGGCUGUAGAGGGUUUGCUAAUUCAAGUUUAACAGCUUUAGAGAAGUCACACGAAGAACAAAAUUCAAAAUCAGUGUCUUUUAACAAUGAAACUAGAGUAGCAGGGGAUUUUGACUUAAUAGAAGAAGCUGACAAGGAAGAGACAGAAUUAGAUAUUGAGAGGGUGCUACAGAAGCAAAAUACUCAUGAUUUGUAUUGCCCUAACUGUAACUCUUGUAUUACCAGACGGGUUAUCCUUCGUAGAAGAAAACCAAAAAUUCGAAAUGCACAUCAUAAAUCAAAGCAUAAUAAACCAGAUAGAAUAUUUAGCUCCAAGUUAGAUGUCAAUAGUGCCACUUCAACCAAGAUUGAAGCUCGUGACACAGUUAAUAUUCACUCAAGUGAUAAUGCAGCAGGGAUGGCUGAUGAUUAUAAUAGCAACAGGGGACCAGAGAUAUUCAGAUGCUUAUCCUGUUUUAGCUUUUUCAUACCUACAGGUCACUGCUUUAAGUCGUUUCGGCUUUUUGGAGACAGCACUGGGAUUGAAAAUGUGCAAAAUCUUCGAAAGGGGCCUGCAACAAACAGAAAUUGGUUGUUUUCUAUUUUUGCAACCGAUAAGAAGAAAAUGGCUAUCGAACAGGCAGGAAGUGAGGCACUGCCUGAUCAGAACAGUCUUGUCUCUUCUGUUUCUCCACCGGUUGGACCAGUAAAUGAUUUGGGAAUUGCAUCCCCAGUAGUUAGAAAGGAGUUUGUGAAAUUUUCAACAGAAGAUGGUACAUAUCUUGAAAAUGCAUCUACAAGUGUGGGAAAGAAAUCAGAUGAUGCAACUGAAAAAGUCAUUACAGAUACGAUGUUAGAUCAAGACAGGAAAGAUCAUUCAGCAACACUCCUUCCUGGCGUUCUGGUUAACAAUAGAGAACCUGCUGAAGAUGCCUCAUUCAGACCUAUGCAAGCUGGUGUGAAUGCUUUAGUCUCUUCAACUUGUGGAUCUUUAGUGCCUGACCAGUCACAGAUAGACAAGAAUAUCAGAACAGCAAUGGAACAAAAUGCUACUCAAAAUGAUCAGGCCUCAUUAAUACUAGGCACUCCAUUGCCCACCAAGUUGUUUGCUGAUGGACUAAAUGGUUCAACUGUUGUAGGCCAUGAGUCUAGAAGAAAUAUGUUUUCUUCAACCCAAGGAACUCCAGUUCUGGAAACAUUGAAAACUGGUGUUGGAGAGACGAGUGAUGCUGUGGAAAAGAGUAAGGGGCAUGAUGUGAUAGUUUUUGUUGAAACAAUGCCGGUGGAACCUGCAGCUUCUCAGAGGGCACAAAACAAUGAUGGUUCGACAGAAGCCACGAGCUUGCUGCAAAGUGGGACUCAGACAUAUACAAGUGAACAAGGAGGUGCUGGAAUUUCUGUCGACAUUUUGAAGAGCAUUGUAUAUGGUGGUUUAAUAGAAUCUAUCACAAGUCUAGGUGUUGUGUCAUCUGCAGCUGGUGCUGGUUCUGCUACACUGAAUAUUUUAGCCCUGGGAUUGGCAAAUUUGAUUGGUGGACUUUUCAUCAUUGGUCACAAUCUCAACGAUUUGAAAAACAAUCACUCUGCUGGGUCGUCUCGAACAAAUGAGCAGGAAGACCGCUACCAAGUAACACUCGGACGAAGGGAGAAUUUUUCACUUCAUGCAACAGUAGCUAUUAUAUCAUUCCUCAUUUUUGGCUUGGUACCUCCAGUGAUCUAUGGCUUCUCAUUUUACAAGAGUGAUGAUAAAGAUCUCAAGCUUGCAGUUGUAGGAAGUGUUUCACUAGUAUGCAUUAUUUUACUAGCUAUUGGAAAGGCUCAUGUUCAGAGGCAACCCAAAUCUUAUAUCAGCACCAUAUUCUACUUUGUCAGCAUAGGGGUCAUGGCCUCUGGUGCUUCUUAUAUAGUCGGCAACCUACUCCGUCAUAUGGUGGAGAAAACUGGUUGGUUUGAGCCAAGUUUAGCAGUUCCUACGAAAGUUCCAGAAAGAAAACCAUUUCAGCUAGGAAGGGCAUCCUAUUGAAGCUUUGAGAUUUUGGGGCAGAGAAACUGAAGCAAGUCGGAGUCUUUGUAUUUUUUUACAGUGCUUUCAUUGGAAAAUCUUGUUUCCAAAUCAAACUUAUCAAUGUCGGCCAUAUUUACCUUACUGUUGUAGUUUUAUUUUAUUUUAUUUUAUUUGUUUGCUAGAUUUUUAUUUUACUGCCAUCUAGUUGGCAUAUAAAAAACGUAAUUCUUCGGGACACUAUCUUGAGGAAAUUGACCAAGUACUGAUUUAUAGGGUGGAAACUCUGGGACUUCUAGAUGUUGUUGCUCUUUAAUUUAUUCUUCAGAUGAACAAGAAUUGAUUGAAGGUUUAUACAAGUUUGAAAUUUUAGAAGGGAAAAGUUUAAAGUAGCA